AAUAUGUAAUACAUGUAACAUGCAAAAUAUAUGUUAAUUGUGUUAUCAAUAAGGCUUCCAGUCAACAUAGGCUAUUAGUAGUUAAGUUUCUGGAGACUCAAAAGUUAUACACAGAUUUUCAACUGUAUGAGAGGUCAGCACCCGUAACACCUGCAUUGUUCAAGAGCCAACUGUAAUACAUAUAGGUUUGCUUGCUAAAAAUCAAUUAAAAAUUAUAGUAAAAGACAUUUGUAUUCGUGUGGAAUAUUUUUCAGGAGGCCAUGAUAGUUUGCUGGGUCAGUUUUCUUUCACAAUAGAAGGAGUACUGCCUACCUGACCAUAUACAUGUCCCAUGUAAGGAAAGGCUUCGUCCUAGACAAUGCCAGGGCUAUGCUGUGAUUUCAGGGGCUUGAAGCCACAUUCUUUAUACCAAGAUCUUUGUCCCAUCUGCCCCAAAUUCCAUAAGUUGAGACAUUCUUUUAUGCAUUGAAGACCUGGUUUGUUUAAGUCCUUUCAAUGGAAGCAUCUCUGGGCAUAGCCAUAUUUGUUUUGCUGUUGAAAAGUUGGGGUCAUUGAUGAUCAUUCACUGGAAAGAUGGGUUCUAAAAUGGAAAGAAGAGGGAGGGCAUCUGAGAGUAAUGAAACCAUCAGAAAAAAAUCUUUGCUACAUUUACAGUAAAAAAUGUAGGGGUGCUUAGGAAAGGGGAAGGCUCUGCAUAUCAGAGAUUUCUCCUUAAGUCUAAGCCAUUUCUGGAAUAGUUUCCAAGUAAUAACCAAUCAUGCCUAUGGUAACUUUAUAAAGAGGCUUAUAUUACAGUUUCUUGCUGUAACAACAUUGCUUUCUUUUUAUGCCAGUAGAAAACAUCCCCAAAUGUAAAACUCAAAUGGAAUUAUAAAGUCUUUCCUUUUCCUUAUUUUUGCCUCCAUAGACUGAUUUUUUCCCCAUUGCAAGUGAUAUCUCUACCCUAGUUGUCUUCUGUAUUUUUAGCAGAAUGGAGAAAAUGAUCUUACCAGUAAAAUGGUUUUGAAUUCCCAUUAUUUUGCUUUGAUUGAUGAUAUGAACCCCCAAAAUAUCUCUUCUAUAGUCCAUAUCAGGGGUCAGUAAACUAUUUCCUGUAAAUAUAAUUUUAUUGGACACUGAUACACCCAUUCAUUUAUGUAUCAUCUAUGAUACUUUCAUGUUACAAUGACAGAAUUAAAUAGUUGCCAUGUACCUAUGGCCUUCAAAGCGUAUGGCAUUUACUAUCUAGCCCUUUACAGAAACAAUUUACUGAUUCCUCACCUACAUGGUAAGGAAAACCUCUAUGAAUCUAAAAGCAGACACUUUAUUCCUUGCCUAUACAUUUCAUGACAUCGUCUUUUCUAAAAAUUUGAUUCAUUUAUGGUGCUAGCUGGCCUUAGUACUCAUCUUUUUCCACCAUAUUGGAAAAGAGUAUUUGCGCCAACUACAUUCUUCCCUGAUGAAAAAAGAAAUAUUAGUUUGAUUUCUGGCUUUGCCAUUUGCUAGUAAUAUGACAUUGGAAAAGCCAUUUAAGUUCUCCCAGACUCAUCAUAACCUGUAAAGUGGAAAUAAUGAGAUCUACUCCAUUUGGUUAUUGUGAGGGUUAAGUGAAAAUAUUACUUUAGCACUUAGCAUAAUUCCACUCAUAAUGAGUGCUCAGUGCGUUUUAUUUACAUAUAAUAGAAGUAACUUUAAAAACAUAUUUUGAAAAUAUCAACAUACCCACAGAAACAUGCCAUUUAUAAAAAUGAUACUAAGUAAUUCCCAAUACAAACAAAGAUACCUUAGUUUUGUUCUUUGCAAAUAAAACAAGAGGGAUAAAGCUAAUCAUUAACUUGGAGUUCAUUGAGCUUUGAUAGUGAGAAUGAAGACAUUUGCUAAUUUCUAUUUUUUAAGUGUGUGUGUGUCUGUGUGUGUGUGUGUGUAACAAGAAGGAAUUAGAAACUAACUUGAAUGCCUGCAGUACACAGUCAAAACACUUCUGUUGAUAAAAAAAAAGGUGCUGGAAUAAGAUAAUAAAAAUGUAAAACGUGAUUGUUACUGAUUAACAGAUUUUAAUUGUCCGCUAUGAAAUUAUUUUCUUAGGGUUAAAUAUGAAGUUUUUGCAUAUGUUUCCCUAUUCUAAAUUUAGCCUGUUUGUGAAGUGCUCUGAGUCCUUCUUUUCUGUUUCAGUUUAUAUGCGACCUGCAGGCAAUCUUUCCUAGCUACCGUGUGUGGGUUCCAGAUCUGUCUUAUGUGCUCCCAUAACUCAACCUUUGUGUUUUUAUUCAGCACGUUCUAUAUUGUACUUUAUCUGUUUGCAUGUCUAACUCACCAUUAGCUACAUAUUCCUGGAAAGAAGAAUCAUAAUUAUAUUUUAUCCUGCACACUUACCACGCAGUGAUUGUCAGUCAGUUAAAUAAAUGUUCAGGUUAAAAGAAAGAACGUGACAUACAUAAAAUGGAAAGAAGGCUUUUCAGUACAGUUUUAUAAUUAACGCUGAAAUUAUGAGAAUUCCAUAUUCAUGCAAUAUUCUGAUUUUAAAAACUUUAAAAAUGAAAAAUGAACUCAAUUAGUAAUUUAAUAUCACUCAACCAACAAAUAUUUAUUGAGCAAAUGAUUUGCAGGCGCUAUUUUAGGUGAUGGGGAGACAGUAAUGAACAAAGCAGAUAAGAUCUCUGAUUUCCUAGAGCAUCAUAAACUCCCAUACAUGAGGCAUUGUGCUUGCUUGCAAAGAAAACUCACUCACAAAAUGACAGAUGUAUGUGUUAUUGAGACAAACUCUGAACUCGUGUUUGGAAAGAUGAAUGAUAUUUUCUAUUCACUGUUAUAAGCAGUGAACUUGGAUGUUAUUUCUUGAACCAUCCUUUAAUAUCUAGAAAUUUCUGAAGCAGGAGUUAUAAUCGCCUAGUAAAAUGUCAACGUCACUUAUGUAAAGCAUAAUGUAAACGUCACUUAUGUAAAGCUGUUUCUGUUUUUGCUAUCACAGUUUUUGUUAGUGACUAUUUAGAUCACAAGUGACCCGUCAUGUGGUAUCAGUGUUUCUCUGUGUCGGUGUUUCUGCAAGGUGGGGGAAUGGGGUAAUAGAUCUCAGUGGCUUCUUUCAGAAAAACAAUUAACACAGUAAUUUAUUGCCAUGAAAAUUCUGUAUAGCAAACCACCCUGAAACUCAUUGGACCAAUGGGCUUCACGGGGGCUUGGUCUUCUCAUGGGAAAGCAUGGAGGACAUUCAUAAAUAUAGAGUUCUCCUAAUGACACGGCUUAGAACUGGCGCACUUUUAUUUCUGUCCAUAUUCUUUUGGCUAAAACAAGUAAAGUAACAAAGCUCAAGUUCUAAGGACAGGGUAGUAGCUUCCAUUCUCAGAGAAGAAAAGACACAAGUGUAGACGCCAGGAGAGUGAAGAACUGGGACCAACAGUAGCCUAUCACAAUAAUCCUAUGAUUUACUAUGGCUGAGUAACAAACAGAAAUGGAUGAGAAAUUGUACUUAAGAUAGUCAUUUUGCUCUACUGAAGGAUCUGGCUCCAUUUUGGAAGUUUUAUACAGAGGAAUUAAAAAAUUGAUGGACCGAACGUAUGUGACCACCUACCCUCAAAACCAGUGUUUCUGCAAUUGUGAUUAGUAACAUUAUUGGGGGGAUAAACCCCACUAAUUAAACAAAGAAAUAAAAUAGAAAAUAUCAGAGUGGGUUGAAGGAAGUAAGCAUUUUGUUUAAUGAAAACGUUUGCUUCUGUUAUGGAGGCAUACCUACAUGGGUACUGAGUCAUGAUACAAAAUAUAUGUCUUCCUAUUGUGGUUAAAACAAAGCUUGGGAAAGCCGUUGUUCUAACUUAUUUUCUACCUAUAAGAUAUUAUUGGGUGUAAGUACAUUCUAAUUUUUCAAAAUAGUCCUUGGGCAGGCGUGUCAUCUGUUUUGAAAUUGAACCGUUUUUUCAGUGCUCGUUUUUCCCUUUGUAAAGAUAUCUAAUACAGGAGUACUUUUCUUUCAAAUCAAUCAACAAUUAAGGCGGUUUUAAUGGACACGUGUUUUUAUAUAUAUGCUGGUAACACCCAUGACUGUGGUUACUGGUGGCCCAUGUUUGAGAUUAUUUUAAAAGUAAUGGUAAUAUUUACCUUCUCUAUUUAGCUUGCUCACUGCCAGCUUCCUGAUGCUGGUUUAGAAUAAAAGCACUUCCCAGUUAUAUGUAUCAAUAAUAUACUGUUACCUUGCUUCAGAAAGAUUUAUUAUCAGCUUAUCUUUUCCAGAUUUCAAUAUUUGCGUCAUCUGUCUAGGCGAACUGUGGCCUACGGUAACACAGCAGUGGCUCUAGUCAGUAGCUGUCCAGGGGACACAUGCGGAGGGGGCCUCCUCCCCAAAGGCAGUGUUUCUGCAGCCGGCUUGUCCCCUCUCUGGUCACUCUUACCUGAGAAGGUUUCUGGAAUAGGUUUUGGGAAAGCAAAGAAGAAACUCUAACCUGAGUAUGGAUUUUGAAGAAAGAUUCCUCAACACGCAAAGGAAGAAAUAAGCUGGUGGAUAGCCCUCAGGAAUGAUGUCCUUUUGCCACAAUGUCAUUAACAUUUCUUGUGUGAAAAGCAGUUGGUCAAAUGAUGUCCGUGCUUCCCUGUACAGUUUAAUGGUGCUCAUAAUUCUGACCACACUCACUGGCAAUCUGAUAGUCAUUAUUUCCAUAUCACACUUCAGGCAACUUCAUACCCCAACGAAUUGGCUCAUUCAUUCCAUGGCGACCGUGGAUUUUCUGCUGGGGUGCCUGGUCAUGCCUUAUAGUAUGGUGAGAUCUGUUGAGCACAGCUGGUACUUUGGAGAAGUCUUCUGUAAAAUUCACACCAGCACUGACAUUAUGCUGAGCUCGGCGUCCAUUUUCCACUUGUCCUUCAUUUCCAUUGACCGCUACUAUGCUGUGUGUGACCCACUGAGAUACAAAGCCAAGAUCAGUAUCUUGGUUAUUUUUGUGAUGAUCUUCAUUAGUUGGAGUGUCCCCGCUCUUUUUGCAUUUGGAAUGAUCUUUCUGGAGCUCAACUUCAAAGGAGCUGAAGAGAUAUAUUACAAGUACAUUCACUGUAUAGGAGGUUGCUCUGUCUUCUUUAGCAAAACAUCUGGGGUACUGGCCUUUAUGACUUCUUUCUAUAUACCUGGAUCUAUUAUGUUGUGUGUCUAUUCCAGAAUAUACUUCAUAGCUCAAGGACAGGCAAGAUCAAUUAAUGAUGCAAUUGGAUUGGAAGAGAAAAAUGGAAUGUCACAAAACAAAGAAAGGAAAGCUGCAAAGACUUUAGGGAUUGUGGUGGGAGUUUUCCUAAUAUGCUGGUGUCCUUUCUUUGUCUGCAUGGUCAUGGACCCUUUCCUGGACUAUGCUAUUCCACCCACCUUAAAUGAUGCAUUGGUCUGGUGUGGCUACCUGAACUCUACUUUCAAUCCAAUGGUUUAUGCAUUUUUCUACCCCUGGUUCAGAAAAGCACUGAAGAUGAUUCUAUGUGGUAAAAUUUUCCAAAAAGACUCUUGUAGGUAUAAACUAUUUUUAGAGUCACAUCCAUAGAAUUAUUAUAUUUACUGUUUACUGCUUUGCAAAACAGCUGGUGAUCAUAAUUUUGAACACAACAUAAUUAACCACAUGCACCAACUGCGGGGUCUUUCAUCAAAUGUUUGAGCCAAAGGAUGGAUAGUGACAUAUAAUGCUUUUAUUUCACUUCCUUUUUGGGACACAGUGGAUGUAAUCCUUGCCAUGCUUACUAUUACAUAGAAGCUUUGCAAGUCCAGAAUUUAAGGCCCUACGUUAAGAGCCUUUCUUGCCCUUAGCUGAACUGCGAUGAAUUGACAAUUGUUCAAUGCUGGAAAUUAUGGGGCCGCAAUUGGAUAUGCAAAUUAGAAUUACUUUGUCAUCCAUUUGCUCGAAUAUAUACGUCUUUUUGUGAAAUCAAAUAAAGUGCACGUUAAAUGAUAUUAAAUACUUUUUAUACGUAAUUUGCUAUUUACCAUGAAUUCUUAUUAAUAUAUAUUCCGCUUUUAAAAUAUUUUGAUUUUCAUCUUUUUAUAAUAUGCUUUCUUGAUUCUCAUACUUGCAGAAAUUUGGAAAGUAAGGAAAAAAUAAAAAUAAAAUAUCGUAUAGAAACAAAAUGAAGAUAAAGAUAUCACUCAUAGUUCACCUCCUGAAAAAAACUUAAAAUUCUUGACAACAUAAUUUUUUGUUAACUGUAUAAUGUUACACUGUAUGGAUGCACAAAGAUUUUUUUAGACCA